AUGGGGAAUACUUGCCCGCAACCACUGCGUACUCCCUAUGCAAUGCCCAAGCCUAGCCCACUUGAGCCUAGCCCACUUGACCCAUUUGGGGAAAGUCGAAUCCGAUUAACAAAGCAGAUUUACCCCGCCCUGUCUGAUGAGGACUUCAGUUGGAUGAAUCGCACAAGAGGAUCGUUGGUUAUUAUGGGAGAAGACCAGGAGGAUCUGGAGUCUCCAAAUGCCAAGGUCCACCGGUUGAAGAACGAAGAGGCAGUACAAAAACUCAUCAAGGGCCGACAAUUGGUGAAUACUACCGUGAUUCGUUGGUACAAUAUCUAUGCAGUCCCUGAGCAUGAUUUCUUAUUCGACGGGUGUCACGAUGUUGAUCGCACUGCAGGUUGUGUCCGGGUUGUGCAUCCGAUCUUUGUUUCCAUCAAGGGACGCCAGGGGGUCGUUCUGCAGUGCAUUGUAGACACGGGAGCGCCUAUUUCUAUUUUUUAUGAUAGUUUGUACCAGGAUGACCCUAACAACUCCACCGGCACGCAAACGAUCGCGAAUGAGAUAUACACAAGCCAACAUGGCAUAUGCAGAGUUACAAUCAACGAAUCGACAGUGCCGAAAAAGUUUGCAUUGGCCUUGGUCAACCGAAAGGUGAAAGGUUACGAUGGAAUCAUCGGGUAUGACCUCCUUUCAUUUUGCCAUAUGACUGUGUAUCGCGGAAAAUCUCUGUUGGUGGUGUCAACGGAAGCGAAUUGA